AUGGAAAAACUGAAGUCAGAAGUAGUUAGUGAGGUGGAGGUCGAGGGGCUAGAAAAAUUGAAAGAAGCACCAAAAAAAUACAUUUUGAAAUUAAAGAUACUUAAGGAGAAAAUUGAACAGGCGGUCGUAGAUAUGGAGGUUGAUAAGUUGAAAAAUUUCGAGAACGAGGUGGAUGUGUUGAAGGAGUCGGAAAAGUCAAGGAGACUGAAAGAGGUGGAAAUAGAGGAGCUAGAAGAGGACUUGGAGAGUGAAAAGCAGACAAACGAGUUAAAGGGGGAGUCUGCGAGCUCGGAUCGCGGGAAGGAAGUCGAUAACAGUGAUCUGAGCAGCGUCUGGUUGAGCCGGGUCGCCAGGGCCAAUGGUCCUGCCAGGUCAAUCAGUCGGGUGGUGGGUCUGGUCAGGGCGGCUGGGCAGGCGAGCCCGCUUCUCGACGAAGUUAAACGCAUUGUGCAACAAACACAGUGGCCUCGAGUGCAGUUUAAUUCGAAUUUCUUAAAUUCACCUUACAAACUGGCGCAGAUCGACCUCUUAACUCGCAUACACGGAAUUUCAUCUAGGGAUUGCCACUCGCUCGCAAAUUUAUUUAUGUAUAGUGGACCAUUGGAUAAACUAGUGAAUGAGGCUGGAAGUUCAUCAGAUUAA